AUGAGCGACAGCGACUUUGAAAAGGGCAAGUGGCCGUUUGGUGGAAAAGGUAAGCCCGAAGACGUCCCAGUCCCUUCGGGCACCGCCAGACAGAUCAGCAACAAGUCCCCCUUCGGACACAACCUCGAGACCAAGAUGGACGAGGCCGUGCGUCAGAGUUGGCAGCUCGUGCCCUCGCAGGUGAGAUUCGAGAACAUGACGUGGCAGGGCGGGAUGGAGAAACUGUGCCAACUCAUCGCAGACCGACUGGGGUACAGGGAUAUCCCGCUUCAAUGCGUGCUGUACAAGCUGCUGGUGUACGGCGAAGGUGGUCACUUCGUCAAGCACCAAGACACGGAGAAAGAAGACGGCAUGAUCGUCACGCUGGUCGUCCAGCUGCCCAGUUCCCACGAAGGUGGCGACUUGGUCGUGUAUCGAGGGGGCGAGGUGAGGCACCGCCACGACUUCGGCAAGGCCGACGGAACGGCGGCGUUUCUUCCCCAUUACGCCGUGCACUAUGCGGAUGCGGAGCAUGCUCUCGAGAAGGUGACGAAGGGGUUCCGACUCGCGCUGGUGUACUCGAUUUGCCUGCCUCCAACAAUGCGCCACCUCGAGAAAGCUCACGACGCGCCGCUGAGUGAAGACUUGGCUGGUCACAUCAGCAACAUGGACGAAGAAGCCGAUGAACCGUUUGCUCUGUUGCUGUCUCACGAGUAUACGGCGAAGAACAUUCAGGGCCUGGGGACUGGGGCUCUGAAGGGCAUCGACAGCGCGAGAUUCCACGCGCUUGAAGAGGCGAAUGCGCUCGUGCCGGCAGCCAAGCAGCUUGAGUUCUUCAUCGUGAAGCAUGCCGAACAUGCUGUGAAGGUCAUGCCUUUCGACGUGGCUAUGGAGGUUUUUCACGCUCAGAUACCGGUGGACGCUGCCAAACUCCGUGCGUUUAUGGAGGAUAUGAUUGCGAGGGCCAAGUUGGCAGUGGAGGCUGGUGAUCCAGAGAUCGUGCGAGAUUUCUUCAAAGGGAUGCAUUACCACAGGAACGAGAACGAUACACCUUUCGCGUAUUGUGCGGGGCUCAGAGAGCGGACAGACAAUGGUACUCUCAUCCCAGUCAUCACGCAGAUUGCCCGCAAGUUUGACUGGGCUAUCAUCGGCGAACCCUUGCUGGCUUGUAUGCGUCAGCACGCGUACGCGCCAAAAGAGGAUGACAGUGGGUACUCAACCAUGGCGUUGGCACUGCUCGUUCUCGACGGACUGGAUAGCGGGACUGCGGAAGAUUCUCUGCUCAAACUUGCAAUGGAAAAGGCGGAAGACAAGAACUCCGACCCCAUGAAGUCGCUGGAGUGUUUCGGUGGGGUGGAUACGGAUGACGAGAAGGGUGGUUUGCUCGCUCUGCUUGUCUCCAAGCGGAUUGAGUGGCUCAAGAACCAAAUCGAGAAGCUGGACAAGCCAUUCUCGUGGCAAAUGCCAGACGCAAAGUUCCCGGAUAAUGCCAAGGUGGAAGAGUUUCUACAAGGGCUAGCCGAGACGAUGACGAUGGCGAAGGGAGUGCGUAAAUUCAAGGGAUUUCAAGACGCGAGCAACUACGCGGCGAAAUGGACGCGUGGACCGCAAGUCGGCGCCUCGCUCAAGAUGGAGGCGAGCUCCACUGAUGCAAACGCGGUUGUGGCGAUUACGAAGACGCGCAAGUGGUUUACGGAGUGUCAGCACAAGUUGAGGCAGUACAAGGUGGAGUUGACUCAGCUGCGGGAAUACACUGGAGAAACGGACGACAGCGACAGUAAGAGGGCUCGCUUGGAGUGA